GGCUGCCUUAUUGCUGCUCUGGCUUGGUUACCUAUUGCAGACAGUGCUGUGCACAACAGUGAUCCCCUUGUGUGGGCCUGGUGAGAUGGAGAACUGCACGACAGCGCUCAUCCAGACAGAGAACAGUCCACGUGUGGCUCAGGUUGGGAUAACAAGGUGCAAACCUGAAAUGAAGGACUACUGCUUCCACGGGCAAUGCGUGUACAUAGUGGACCUGGAUGAGCACUACUGCAGGUGUGACGUAGGCUUCUCUGGUGUCCGCUGCGUGCACUCGGAACUUGUCAGACAGCCCCUCAGUAAGGAGUACGUGGUGCUAACGGUGAUUGUCGUGCUGCUUUUCGUCGCUGCUGUCUCUAUUGCAAGCUACUACAUCUGCAGAAGGUGCCGAAACAAGAGGAGACAAACGAAUGCCAGUGAAUACAAGGAGGUUGGUGCCCUGUAG